AUGGCAACCAAUAUUCAAGCUGCUGCUGAGGCUAGAGAAGUGCAAUGGAGGACUGAUACUGAUAAAGCUCGCAAAAUAAGAGAAGAACUUCUUGAAGAUCAUAACUUAUCCAGCAAGGGUAAAAUUGAAGAGAUUUCCAAAGGUUGGCACACCACAAAGGAGAAGAUGAUUCCCCAAGAGGUGCAGGCAGCACUAAUCUACCAACAGCAACAAUGUGCCGAUCUCAUAAAAGACAAGAAACAAAUAAUGGAUACCAUUCAGCAGGACCUAAAGGCCAGAGAUGAUAGCUUUGUGGCUGAUCUAAGGAAACAAACAGAGGAACUUCAACUAAUGCUUGAAAGAAUGGAGGAACAAGACAGAACUUUGACAGAAGCAUAUCGAGAGAAGCUGGAACAAUGGAAGGAAAAUGUCCAGAAAGAAGAAGAAACAAAACAUACUGAAAUAAAGACAGCGUGGGAAAUGUGCAUGAAGAAUCUUUUGGAAACAGAGGUAGACAAGCUUUUCAAGAGGCAGCAGGCUGUGGAGGAAUAUGAAGCUCAAAUUCACCAUCUAAUGUUUGAAACUUCUGAUAACUUUAACAUUAUCAGAAACAGGGAAUUUGCUGAUUUCCAGACCCUAGAGCUGGAAAUACACCAGGUUGAAUCAGAAAGAAUCUUUAUAGAGCAGAAAAUUGAGAAUCAAAAAGCAGAUGGCAUUAAACUCAAGGCAGAAGACACCCAAAUGAAAGCCAAACUGUCAGGUUUAAAGUCUGAGCUUGUAAAACUGCGGCUGGAUAAACAAAGUGGCAAAGGAAGAAGAGAAAAACAACUUAUGGAAAAAAAGUUGAAGGAGCUGAACUAUAAAGCUCAGGACUAUGAACGCAUUCAGAAAAAGAUCAUUCACUUUGCUAUUGCUGAUGCCAUUAAAUUUGAGAAUAUGUGGCUCACGGUUGAUGCUGAGGUGAAGGAGCUGCUGGAGAGGGCUUUGUAUGUCGACUCCAUGAUCUACGAAAACGUCUUUCAUAUACCCUGGGAGCAACUCAAUUUGAGCUUCGCAGAGCCAGGGAGGAGAUGGGAAGAGAGAUGCGCAGUUUCCCAGACCUCGCAGUACAGUCAGGUCAAUGGAAUGAUAGAAGGCCUUUACAAUGACAGUGAGUCUGAGGCAGAGGUGGGGAAUAUAUCAGAAGAGAGGAGCAGCGUGGCGACACCCCGAACUGUGAAGAGACUCGUGGAAAUAUUAUGUGAUGAGGCGGGUUUUUUGUUUGAGGUUAAAAUUGUGAAAUUGCUUGAUACCUUGGAUGAAAAUGAGCGGAAUCUCAUCAAAAUGGGCUAUCUGUUUGAUACUCUUGGCAUUAAGGAAGGGGAUGUACCAAAGUUGGUGGAUUUCCUGUUUAAGUAUGCCCAGCAGUGCCCCAGGGAGAGUGAGCUGCAGAAUAUUGAGGCUGCACAGCCCAGUAGCUCCACAGAUGAAGUACAGACCAGUUCAUUAGCUCCAGUGACUUCAGACCCUGUUGAUCGAAAUGAUGUCCUGCAAGCUCUGAAAUGUUUCCUUGAUCACUACAAACUUGGAAGUGGCACCAAGAACACUGAUAAAUGGAGUGUGCAGAGUCUGGAGGCCUGGGACAUGUCUAAAGAGGAGGCCUACUGGGAGAGCCUGGGCAAUGCCAUCACAACAGACAAACUGAAGAUCUGGGCGGUAACAGAGAAGAAGCUCCAGCAGCACCACACUGUCCUCUCUGAGAUCUCUGAGCUCAGCCAGGAGAUAAAGAGUCUGCAGCAGGAGAACACCGAGCUGCAGAUGGUGUGCAUGCUUCUGCAGCAGGUGUGCUUGGGCCAGCCUCUCGACUUCAGCCCACAUGUUACCCAGCUCGACAUGGAGUAAAGCAGUGUGUACCAGGUGUGUGAUCAGACUCCAAACUCAUCUGAACUUUAUAACACAACAAUGAAUCCAAUAGCUUUAUGAUACAAGCCAUGAGGUACAAACAUCUCAGUUCCUGUUCAGGUUCAAAUUAUAUCUUAAUUUGAACCUGUAUGGGGCUUUGCGAGCAGCCACAUUUAGGGCACUGAUGAUGAUGCAGGAUGCCAUUACAUGAUUGUGCAAGCGUGUGGUCUGGUUUGUUGGUUUUUCAGUCCUAUCAACAUCUCCAUCUUUGGUUGCUGUCAAGCAGAAAAAACCCACAUACUUCAGAAGAGACACUUGAAACUACUUUUAUAACCAAAACGGCCUUCUUAUUUACAUCAACAGAAUAAACCAUUCGGCACAAGCUUACAUGUUUAUUCACAGGUUUAAACACAUUUUUAACCAACAACAAAAUGUACACAUAUACACUUCCAAGAGAUACCAGACAUUCAAGGGAAUAUACAUGGGAAAAAUAUGCAAUUGAUAUGCCUUUAAUAAAAUCUUGUCAAACUACA